AGUUGUGUCUUUGAACAACAAUACAAUGGACUGGAUUCAGUUAACAUUUGAAUUACAAAUACAUUUUCCUUUUAUAUUCACAAAGCAGUUGAGUUCAUUUGGGUGAUAUAUGAACUUGCCUAAGUGUCUUUGUGAAGAAAAAACAAAUUAGUGUUUCAAUCCAAAUGUUUAAAUAACAAUGAUUAAAUCCACACCACUGCCAUGCCUGUAACAUUUGGGCUGGUUAAGUACCCAGUGACAUUGCAAAGUGCCAUAUCAAACACCAUUAGCUUGAUUGAUUAAAGUAAUUCAGUUUCAAUUUUGACCUCCCCAGCUCACGUCCCGGACUUCUUAUUGAAGAACGACAGCCUCGUCACAUCACGCACAGGUCCGGCAAAAAACCAAGAGCAGAAGCCAGGCGAAGACGCCCAGCAGCGGGUCACCGGGAACGACGUUGCACCUGUGGUCCAGACGUGGAGCCCCGAGCCACGCCCAGGCCAUCAAAGCUGUGGCAGCUCUGCUGAGUUUCCCCUGCCCUGGGACAUCCCCCACCACACCUGCCGCAGGCCCCUCACCGAGUAUCACAUGUGCAAUUACGACUUUACCCUGCCCCGCAGCGCCAACUGGGAAAGGUUUGAGUACCUCUUCCAGGAGCGCCACCGCAGGACGCAUCUCGCACCAUCGCGCAUUGUCCACUCAAUCACCGAUCUGCAUAUCUGUGAUCAGCGAUCAACCAGCUUUGGGAGAUUUGAUGCCUUCAGAAAUCAUCCAUCACCAAGCAAGCCAGAGGAAAAUGGCGGGGCUCUGCCUGUUGAAGGGGAGUCUGAAAUUGAGAGCUGUGAUCAGAGUAAACAUGGCAGCAUUGGAAAGAAAAUGAAGGCCAUCUCCUUGACUAUGCGCAAGAAGAUGGGCAGGAAGUAUGUGAAGGCUUUCUCAGAGGAAAUGGCUGAUGAUGUGGACCACGGAGGAGAGGAGGAGGGGGAGGCCGAGGGUAGCCGUCCCCUGGGAAAAGGUUCCAGGAGGACUAGCAACUCCCUGGAAAGCCUUAACAGUGGACAGAGCUCCUCCAGCGGUGUCACCAAUGGGUCUGAUAGCUCCACCAACAGAGACAGCCUGAGACUGGAGGAGGACGUCCCGUACACCGGACAUUUCUGCGGGAGAGCCAGGGUUCACACUGACUUCGUCCCAAGCCCGUACGACGCAGAUUCCCUCAAACUAAAGGUUGGGGACGUAAUUGACAUCAUCAGCAAGCCGCCCAUGGGUAUAUGGACCGGCAUGCUCAACAACAAAGUUGGAAAUUUCAAAUUCAUCUACGUUGACAUCAUUGUCCAGGAAGAGGCCGAACCUGAAAGGGCGCGGCCACAGAGGCAGAGCAAGCACCUCCAAUCCGGGACUCUCCAGGAGCUGCUGGAGGGCCUUCAUUUACAGGAGUACACCUCAUCGCUGCUUCUCAAUGGCUAUCAGACCGUGGAGGAUCUAAGGGAUUUGAAGGAGAAACAUCUCAUUGAGUUGAAUAUGAUGGAUCCAGACCAUAGGCAUCGGCUGCUGGCCGCUGCAGAUUGCGGCAUCGACGCAGAGACACAAGGUGAAAAUGAGACGGCCGGCAGCCCCGGAGCAGAGUCUCAGUCAGCCAGUCCGAAGAUGGAUGAUGACUGCACAAGAGACUCAGGCUGCUACAUAACGUCCGAGCCCACCGACAAUGGGAGGGAAGACGCAGGAAGCCACCCAUCGACCCUGAGUUAGGCCGAGGCCCAACUGCAACUGUCAGUGUCACACUUCUUCUCCUACUUCAUUCUGUCACCAUCACCUAAUGUGCAAUUACAUUACAUAGUGUCCCCCACUGUGUAAUUCUGGCCCCAAGUGGUUCCACCAUAGAGCAUUAACACUGGAGCUGGAGAGGGUAGAAGGGCCAGGCGAUGAAGCCUAGGAAGUAAUGGGAAACUAGCCUCUACUGCGCAAAACAGCUUGCCGCCCAUUGAAUUCAAUUGAAAUUGAGGGUAGAAAACCAAGGUGAUUUAACAACCAAAGAAACCUCAUGUCAGUUCUUCAUGAUCAUAAAAUUCAUUAUGUGUGCAAUUUGUUUGGGGAAGUUUGGGGAAAAUAUUGAAAUUUAUUUACUGUACAUUUUCCCAAAAUAUUAAACAUAUUUUUUUAUAAUCUGCUUUUCAUAUGAAACGUAUAUGUAAGGAUUGUUACUUGAGUUUCAAAAUACCAUUGGAGAAGUUUUAUUUUGCCUUCAAAAGCUUGGUAUUCCCCAUCCACUUUAAUGAGGAGCUCCAUGCUUUGCGCUCAACAUGCACAGUGCAGGUUUACUUCCAGGGCUUCACAGCUUAGGUAGGGUGAGGUCAUGCUUUCCUGUCUAGUAUAAAAUAUGCAUGUCUAUGGGUUCCAUGGACCUCUAUAUUUAUACUGUAUCUAAAGUAUUUUUUUUAUUUUUUUGUUUCAUUCUGUUCCUUAUACCACAUGACCAGAUUCCCUGACUUGACAACAUAUCAAGUGACUCCUUGUCAGACUGGGUUACAAGAGUGCAUCUGAGGCCAGGGGAAACAGCUAGGACUAUUUUGGCACAGUAGCGGUCGUUAUGGGACAUUAGCGUCCAUGCUGUAGUGUCUAUGUUUGUGUGUGAGGAUGCACUUGCUUUUAUGCUAGACAGUGUUAAGCUAUUUCCAACAGCCUUGAGAUCUUUUACUGAAAAAAAAGAAUACACCGUAAAAUGAAUGCACUGGGCCAUUGGCAAAUACUGUAUAUACAAUAACUUGUUUUGUAUUUCAAGAUACUAUGUGACUGUAGAAUACACACAUGCAUUACUAAAGUAAUAAAAAGGUUACUGUGA